ACUGUAUUCAAUCUUGGAGAAACAGUUCAAGAGCUGGAGAGUGUUGUAAACAUUGUUUCAAAAAACAAAAAUACAAUUUUUUCUCAUCGUAAUCUUUUAUAAUUUAUUUUAUUUAAUUUAGUUAUAUUUAGUAGUUUAAAAAUAAUCACAUUUAUUAUGUCAUUUAAACGUGUAUGUGAUGGAUCAGGCAGUGAUUUACUCAAAAGUCUUGAGUCACAAAGAAUCAGAGAACUACUUGGCAUUCAAAUACCAGAUGGUGAAGCUAAAUUAUUGUCCAAUGGGAAGUUGACUUGUAUGAUUUGUAUUCAAAGACCAAUUUUUGAUACUAUUAAUGUGCUCUCAAUUCACAGAAAAGGAAAAAAACAUUUAAGUGAACUUAGUAAAUAUUUGGAAAGAAAGGAAGAAUUGGAAUUAAUAAAAAUUAAACAACAACAAAAAAACUGUGUUCAAUCAUUUGGUUCAUCAAAAUUUUAUGCUAGUUCAACAGGACGUAAAACAAAAUUGGAACUACCAGAAAAUGAUUCAGAUACUAAAGAAUCUUCCAUUGUUUCACGUUAUGUAUCUUCAAUGAAAAAAAAACCAUCUUUACAAAAUGUUAUAAACCGUGCAAAAAAGCAUCCUUAUCAGCGUUUGGUUUCUACUGCAGAUACCCUAGUGUCAAAAAAUGCAUUGACUAUUUCUCAAUCUAUACAGACUUCAACUAAAAAAGAAAUUGAAAUUGGUUGGAUUAAAAAUUCUGAUGGAUCAUGGUCUAAGGAUCCACAAGCUGAAUUUGAUUCUGAUGAUGACUGAUUUUUGUGCAAAUUAUAUCUAAGACAAUUUUAUACCGAAACAAAUGACAUCAAUUGCUGAGAAAUCAUCUAAUAUGAAAUUACCACUCAUAACAAUGGGUUGAAUUCUUGAUGUAAAACCAAGUAGAGAAUUUUCUAAGCCUGUGAUCCUUUGUAAAAUUAUUAAUACGUUUUUAGUGAAGAUUUUGCUGUUUUUUUUUUUUUUGAAAAAUUACCUGGCCACACCAUUUUGAAGAAUUACAUUACCAGAAUGUAAAUUACAAUCAUGUGGAAACUUUUUUUCCUUAAGAAAUAAAAGUGCUUCUAAAAUCUGACGACCAAGUCUUUGUAUCUGUGACAAUGGCAAACCUUCACUGCGCUGUCCAUACUUAUCGCUCCAAUCAUCAUGCCAACAACUCUAAAUUAUUUGUAAUAAUGUGUUAUUUGUAUCAAUAAAUUAUAUUUUCUAUAUUCA